AUGGUCGAACUAUUGAGUCAAGACUUCGAGGAUGACUGGAGAUACGCAGAAAUCAAGAAUCCAGUGGCUGCCACUUGUGGUUAUACUGAUAUGCACUAUGUUAGGCUUGGUUCACACUUCUACGGUGGUGCUAGUCGAGAAGACAUUGAGUUUUUCAAAGCUUUGUUUUCAUUAGACGCAAGUCGACAUGAUAUCGUUGAUGCCUUCAAUGUACUCGAGGGGUAUUGGCAAUCCGACCUGGAUCUUCCCACCUCUCUUCCCACCGCCGGUGGAGCACCAAAGGCAACUCGUGCUGACAUAACGAUGCCUUAA